AUGGGAGUAGUUUCAUUACAAUAAAAUGUAUCCAAACAAACAGGGAAUCAAUUUAACACAAAAAAAAAACUUUGCGCAAAUGUUAAUAAAUUGAAGAGGAUGAUAAGUAAAUUAAUUAAAGUCUAUUUAAUUAGAACAAGGUAAAAUUUAAUAACCUACAAAUGGAAAAUAGAAAUCGAAGGAAUUAAAGAUUAUUAAUGAUAAAUAGAAAAAUUAGAGUUAAUUGAAUGUAUUAAAUUAACAGAGUUUAAAUCCUGAAAAUCAAUUAUAAUCGAAUGAGAUGGCGCAAAAUAUUACUAAAAAUUAAUUAGAAUAAUAAAAUCAAAUUAACGCCGUAUAAUAGAUUAAAAAUGCUGAUGCAAGUAAGAAUGAUCUUCAUCCUCCAGAUUAUUAUUAUUAUAAAGGUUUAAAUAAAUUAAUAAUAAAAGCUAAUCUUUUAGUUGAUUAUUAUCGAUUUGAGGAAGCAUUACAAUAUUAUGAUAAAGCUAUUCGGAUAGAUCCCACUAACCCAACUUAUUACAAUGAAAAAUGUAUAAAAUUAAGAUCAUAUAUAUUACGCAGCAAUUGCCUUAAAACAGUUAUUUCGUUUUGAUGAAGCACUAAAAUAUAACAACUAUGCUAUCUAAAAGGAUCCUGAAAAUCCAGAUUAUUACAACAACAAAGGUAGAAGUAAAUUUUAAAAUUUGAAGCAAACACCUUAAUUGAAUUGAAUAGGCAUCAUGAUGCUUUAAAAUUUUUUGAUUAUGCAAUAAAAAAAAAUCCUUAACAUGCUGGAUACUAUUAUAAUAAAGGUAUAAAGCAAUCAUAAAGAAUAAGCUAUUACUCUACAUGAAAUGAAUCGUUUUUAAGAAGCAUUAGAAUAUUAUGAUUUUGCAAUUUCGAAAGAUCGUAAUAAUGCAGAUUAUUACAAUAAUAAAGGUAUGAUAAAUCCAUUAUUAUUGAGCAGCAAGUGUUCUACAUGAAUUGGAUCGUUUAGACGAAGCAUUACAAUAUUAUGAUUAUGCAAUAAAAAAAAAUCCUAAAUACGCAGAUUAUUAUAACAAUAAAGGUAUGAAUUUUCAGUUAAACUUUUACAGCAAAUACGUUAGCCUAAUUAAAAAGAUUUGAAGAAGCAUUAAAUCAUUAUGAAAAAGCUCUUUCAAUUGAUCCCGAAAAUUCAGAAUAUUAUAAUAAUAAAGGUAUAAACAUUUAUAAAAUUAAUAAGCAAAUACUUUAAUUGAAUGUAAAGAGUAUGAAUAAGCAUUAAAAUAUGGCACUGCUGCUAUUUAGAGAAAUCCAGAAAAAGAAAUAUAUUUUAAAGUUUAAGGUAAUAAUGCUAUAAAUUUGGUAGCAAAUACUUUACAAAAAAUGAAUAGAUUUCACGAGGCGAUAGAACACUCUGAACGCGCUAUUUAAAUAAAUCCAUAAAAUGGUGAUAAUUAUAGAUAAAAAGGUAACAAUCAAACAAAUAAUUGAAUAGGAUUUUCUUUACAUUUAUUGAAUCGUUAUUAAGAAGCAUUAGAAUGUUAUAAUUAAGCGAUUGAAAAAAAUCCUGAAAACUCGGAGUAGUAUAAUUAUAAAGGUACUGAAAAAUAAUACUUAGCUUUAACUUUAUGUUAAAUGAACAGUUAUGAAGAGGCAUUAGAAAAUUGUGAUUAUUCUAUUUAAAGAAACCCUGAAUUUUUUGACCAAUAUUACCUUAAAGGUAAAAAUGAAGAAAAUUGUAUAGGCAGUAUUUUAGCCCAUUUAAACCGUUUUGAAGAAGCAUUAGAAUAUUUAGAUUAAGCUAUCAAAAUAAAUCCUUAAAAUUCCGAUUUAUAUUACUGUUUAUGUAAAAUCAACUACUUAUUGAGCAGCUAUGUCUUUAUUUAAAAUGAAUCGGUUUCAAGAAACAUUACAAAAUUGUGAUUUAGCUAUUUCAAAAGAUCCUACAAAGUCUGAUUAUUAUUCUUAGAAAGGUNACUAUGCUAUCUAAAAGGAUCCUGAAAAUCCAGAUUAUUACAACAACAAAGGUAGAAGUAAAUUUUAAAAUUUGAAGCAAACACCUUAAUUGAAUUGAAUAGGCAUCAUGAUGCUUUAAAAUUUUUUGAUUAUGCAAUAAAAAAAAAUCCUUAACAUGCUGGAUACUAUUAUAAUAAAGGUAUAAAGCAAUCAUAAAGAAUAAGCUAUUACUCUACAUGAAAUGAAUCGUUUUUAAGAAGCAUUAGAAUAUUAUGAUUUUGCAAUUUCGAAAGAUCGUAAUAAUGCAGAUUAUUACAAUAAUAAAGGUAUGAUAAAUCCAUUAUUAUUGAGCAGCAAGUGUUCUACAUGAAUUGGAUCGUUUAGACGAAGCAUUACAAUAUUAUGAUUAUGCAAUAAAAAAAAAUCCUAAAUACGCAGAUUAUUAUAACAAUAAAGGUAUGAAUUUUCAGUUAAACUUUUACAGCAAAUACGUUAGCCUAAUUAAAAAGAUUUGAAGAAGCAUUAAAUCAUUAUGAAAAAGCUCUUUCAAUUGAUCCCGAAAAUUCAGAAUAUUAUAAUAAUAAAGGUAUAAACAUUUAUAAAAUUAAUAAGCAAAUACUUUAAUUGAAUGUAAAGAGUAUGAAUAAGCAUUAAAAUAUGGCACUGCUGCUAUUUAGAGAAAUCCAGAAAAAGAAAUAUAUUUUAAAGUUUAAGGUAAUAAUGCUAUAAAUUUGGUAGCAAAUACUUUACAAAAAAUGAAUAGAUUUCACGAGGCGAUAGAACACUCUGAACGCGCUAUUUAAAUAAAUCCAUAAAAUGGUGAUAAUUAUAGAUAAAAAGGUAACAAUCAAACAAAUAAUUGAAUAGGAUUUUCUUUACAUUUAUUGAAUCGUUAUUAAGAAGCAUUAGAAUGUUAUAAUUAAGCGAUUGAAAAAAAUCCUGAAAACUCGGAGUAGUAUAAUUAUAAAGGUACUGAAAAAUAAUACUUAGCUUUAACUUUAUGUUAAAUGAACAGUUAUGAAGAGGCAUUAGAAAAUUGUGAUUAUUCUAUUUAAAGAAACCCUGAAUUUUUUGACCAAUAUUACCUUAAAGGUAAAAAUGAAGAAAAUUGUAUAGGCAGUAUUUUAGCCCAUUUAAACCGUUUUGAAGAAGCAUUAGAAUAUUUAGAUUAAGCUAUCAAAAUAAAUCCUUAAAAUUCCGAUUUAUAUUACUGUUUAUGUAAAAUCAACUACUUAUUGAGCAGCUAUGUCUUUAUUUAAAAUGAAUCGGUUUCAAGAAACAUUACAAAAUUGUGAUUUAGCUAUUUCAAAAGAUCCUACAAAGUCUGAUUAUUAUUCUUAGAAAGGUAAAAAAUUACACACAAUAUUAUUUAAAAGCAUUUGCUUUAAUCGCCUUGAACCGCUAAGAAGAAGCUUUGGAGUAAUUUGAAAUUGCUAUUUAAAAUAACUCUGAUAAUCCUGAUCAUUAUGGCGAAAAAGGCAUCAAUUAUAUUUAUAUAUUACUUAAUAGCUUUUGCUCUAGAAGAGUUAAAUAGAAUUGAUGAGGCAUUAAUAUAUUAUGAAAAAGCUAUAUAAAAAGCUCCGGAAAAUUCUGAAUUUUUCAGUAACAAAGGUAUUAGAAAAUAAAUAUACUUUUUUAAGCAAGUGCAUUAAUUAAAUUGAAUCGUUAUUAAGAAGCAUUAGAAUAUUAUGAUUAUGCAAUUUAAAAAAAUUCUGAAAAUCCAGAAAAUUACUAUAAUAAAUGUUAAUAUAUAGUAAUAAUAAUAGCUAUUGUUUUAAAAAAAUUGUAACGCUUUAAUGAAGCCUUAGAAUAAAUUGAAAUUGCAAUUUAAAAAAACCCAGAAAAUCCAUAAUUCUACAAUCAGAAAGGUUUUAUCAUAUAUAAUAUACUUUUCCAGCAAAUACUUUAAUUACAUUAAAUCGUUUUUAAGAGGCUUAGGAAUAUUAUACUUAUGCUAUUCAGAGAUGUCCAGAAAAUGCCACAUUUUAUUACCAUAAAGGUAAAUAUUUGAUAUUUAUUGGGUAGCUAUGAUUUUAGAAGAAUUGAAUUCUUUAAAUGAAGCAUUAAAAUAUUAUAAUUAUGCAAUUGAAAGAGAUCAAAAAAAUGCAAAGUUUUAUAAUAAUAAAGGUAUUAGUCAAAUGUAUUAUUUAAUAGGAAUUGCUCUAAGUAAAUUAAAUUAAUAUGAAUAAGCCUUAUAAUAAUUUGAUUUAGCCAUUAGUAUUAAUGCUGAAUACUCAGAUCUUUAUCAUAAUAAGGGUAUAAUCUAAUAUAUAAUAUAAUAGCAAAUGUUUUAGCUCAUUAAAACAAAUAUGAGGAAGCCUUAUAAUAUUAUGAUUUAGCCAUAUAGAGAAAUCCUGAAAAUUCAGAGUAUUAUCAUAAUAAAGGUUUUUUUUUAUUUAAGAACAGCCAAUUCUUUAACCAAACAGAAUCUAAAUGAAGAAGCAUUAAAAUAUUUUGAUUUAGCUAUAGAGAAGAACCCUGAAAAUUCAGAGUACUAUCAAAAUAAAGGUAAAAUUAACCUAAAUUUCAUAAAAGCAAUUACUUUAAUAGAAAUGCAAAAAUUUUAAGAAGCAUUAAGAUUUUUUGAUCUUGCUAUUUAAAAUGAUUCAGAUAAUGCAAAAUUCUACAACAAUAAAGGCAUAAUAAAUCUCAUAAAUAUUAGCAAUUGCUCUAGCUAAAAUGGACCUUUUUGAAGAAUCAUUAAAAAAUUUUGAUAUAGCUAUUUAGAAAUAUCCUGAAUUCUACCAAUUUUAUUUUAAUAAAGGUAAAUAACAAAUAACUAUUUGAGCAGCAUUUACAUUACACUAAAUGGAUCUUUUAUAAGAAGCCCUAUACUAUUAUGAUUAGGCAAUUUUAAGAAACCCUAGUUGUUCUGAUCUCUAUUAUUAUAAAGGUAUUAAUAAUUUUGAAAUAGCAAAUACGCUAAUCACAUUAAAUCGUAUAACUGAAGCAUAAGCAUAAUAUGAUAUUGCAAUAUAGAAAAAUCCUGAAAAUAAAAAUUAUCGUAUUCAUAAGGGUAGUUUUACUCGUAUAUUUGUUAGAAUAAGCAACCAUCAACAAUCAGAAAGAAAAUACAAAGCAGGAUAAACACGAAAUUAUAAAAGAAUUUUUUCAGAAUUCUAAUUACAAAUCAUUCAAUCAUAGUAAUAGUUGA